CAAAUAAUGUUACAAGGUUACCAGAUAGGGCCAUUUUGACGACGGACGCUCGCACGCAGUUUUUCAGCUGGAGUGAGGACUAAGUGAGUUGUAGCACCAGAGGACACCGGAUAUUUUACGAAAACAUUUUUCGGGCAACAUUUUUUUGAGAAAUUGAAAAAUGCCCCCAGAAGGAGAGAAAAAGGGAUCAAUACAGGGGCCUAUCGCGGCAAAUGGGAAGUCAAACAAAGUGGGUAUCAACAAUGACGGGAUGGAGAUGUCGACGAUGGACAUGGGUGCCAAGGCGAAGGAGGCCGGGCUCGAGGGGUAUGACCCGUGGGCCGGAGAUAUGAAGGAGGUCAAGCCAGAUACGCCAUGGAAGGAGCUGAGUUGUAGAGGCAAAUGCGUUCGAAUUCUAUGGAACUACAUCUCCAAACCAAUUCUGCUGAUUGGCGCCCUCUAUCUCUUCAUCUGCUCACUAGAUAUCCUGAGUUCCGCGUUUAGGCUGCUCGGAGGAAAAGCGGCAGGCCAGACCUUCGCCAACAACGAAAUUCUACAGAACCCCGUCGCGGGCCUCAUGGUGGGUGUCCUAGCAACCGUCCUCUUGCAGAGCUCCUCCACAACGAGCAGUAUUAUCAUUUCCAUGGUAGCAGGAAAAGUGAUGUACGUCAGGACAGCCAUACCCAUCAUCAUGGGCGCCAACAUCGGGACUUCAGUAACCAAUACGAUCGUCUCCAUGGGUCAUGUGAGUGAUGUUGACGAGUUUCGACGGGCUUUUGGUGGCGCCACCGUCCACGAUAUGUUCAACUGGCUCUCUGUUAUAGUUUUUCUGCCGCUUGAAGUCGUAUCUCAUUAUCUGGAGUACCUGACGGACGCGAUAGUCGAGAGCAUGCCCCUCGAAUCGUACACAUCUGGAAAACAAGACCUCUUAAAGGCAAUCACCAAACCUCUUACUGCUCUCGUUAUAUCUGUUGACAGUGACAAAAUCACGGAUAUCGCAACGAACGGCGAAGCCACUGACAUCAAUCUGAUCAAAAUUUGGUGUAAAUCCAACACAACCUACGUCAUGGGAAAUGUGACGUAUUCCAACGUCACAGGAAUCGGAGGGGAAAAUGUCACCAGCUCAUACGUUGUGGAGGAAUUGGUGGCGAAGAAGGUUGGAGUCGUAAAAUGUGUCAACAUGUUCAUGGAUGUCGCCGGCGUCUGGAGUGACGAGGUGAUCGGCGCCAUUUUGCUCGUCUUGGCGCUACUUGUCCUCUGCUCCUGUCUGGUCAUCGUGGUCAAGAUUCUCAACUCGAUUCUGAAGGGAAGCAUCGCAAACGCUCUGAAAAAGUUCGUCAACGCGGACCUCCCCGGAAAAUUAUCCUGGUUGACGGGCUACCUUGCUAUCAUAGUCGGCGCCGGUUUGACUAUCCUGGUCCAGUCAAGUUCAGUUUUUACAUCAACCCUGACUCCGCUUGUUGGUGUCGGUGUUCUCCAGUUAGACCGGAUGUACCCUUUGACCUUGGGGUCAAACAUCGGAACCACUGCAACGGGGAUGUUGGCGUCAUUGGCGGCGUCCGGAGACACCUUAAAAGACUCCUUACAGGUGGCCUUCUGUCAUUUAUUCUUCAACAUCUCGGGCAUCAUCCUGUGGUACCCCAUCCCGUUUAUGCGGCAGGCGCCCAUAAAACUCGCCAUGCUCCUGGGCAACAAAACCGCUAAAUAUCGCUGGUUUGCUGUAUUCUAUUUGUUUAUAAUGUUCUUCGUGGCACCUGCGACGGUUUUUGGUCUAUCUUUGGCCGGGUGGUACGUCCUAUUGGCAGUGGCGGGGCCACUGGUCCUACUGUUCAUGAUCAUUGUACUUAUAAACGUGUGUCAAAACAAAUGCCCGAAUCGCCUUCCUAAGAAGUUAAGAAACUGGCGGUGGCUACCGCUUUGCUGCCACUCGCUUGAACCACUCGAUCGUGUGUUCAGGAAAAUUUGCUUCUGUUUCAAAUGUUGUCAACAAAAUCCACCGCAGAAGCUACCGAACACGGUCAGCGUUGAACCAGAGGUCGCGAGUACCGAUGAUAUUCCUAUCGUCAUCUCUCGCGAGUUAUCGCGAGACACUUUUUGCCAAACAACGCGAGAUAUCGGUGUUCAAUUCCCACAUGACUUGAACGUUGACCCAGAACUCAGAAGGACAACAAAUUAUGCAUUUGAAGCAGACGAGACGGAAACAGAUUGGAAACCGGAACCGGAAAUAAAGAUAAACAUGGAAACGGGAUCUAAACCGGAACAGGAAGUCAAGAUUACCGCAGAAACAGAAAUGGAACCGAGGUCGGACGUAGAGUCGGCCACUGUUGUAGCGAACACCUAUGCGAGUGAGGACUUGAUGCCAAGGAGUGAAUUAUAGAGGCGCAGCAUGUUCAGUUCAGACCAAGCUCAACUUUUGGCAUAAAGCCGAGUAACAUCUGCAAAGCAAAUAUUAUAGGUCAAUUUUUAUCGCAUUGACACGUUUGGUUACUCCACAGCGGCCAUGUUUAUCUCUAUUUUCUUGUGGCACGAGUAAACACAACACACUCGAACUGUAUACACCUGAAUCAAAGUCAGACACGAAAACAACACAAGCUUUAGAAAGCAUCUUUCUGCCGAAUCAAGGUUUGUUUCCUAAAUAAGUGUUCAAGAAAAAGUUUUGACUCUCCAAUGUAAAUACAUGUAUAAAUGUUGUAAAUUUUGUAC